CCAGGGAAACGAAACAGUUGUACAGUUCUAUACUGGGAAUAGGGACGUGUUUUGUUUGUGUUCCUACAUAGAAUGUCACAUACAAUCAGCAUGGCACCUCUGCAAUUUCUCUUCUUCUUCCUCUGGGUUACAGCAAAUGCAGGAUCUUCCAGCAAACCCAUUGUGAGCUUUGAUCCUAAUUGGGUCACGGUAUUCACCAAGGAAUCUGUAACUCUCACCUGCAACGUGGAUCCCCCUGAACCAAGAGACCAGAUCUAUUACUGGUACAGGGACAACCAGAUCAUCCCGUUGUAUCUUGGAGCAAAGAGUGUUAAAAUUGACUAUGUGAAACAAGAAGAUGGAGGAAGCUAUCAGUGCCAAACAGUUACCAGUGUUAAGAGUGAACCCGUCACACUGCAAGUUGCUCAUAGUUGGCUCACACUGAAAGUACCCGCGUUUGUAUGUGAAGGGGAUGAAUUAUAUGUGUCCUGUGCAGGGUAUCCUGGGUAUUCUGCCAGAGACGCUGUGUUGUACAAGGACAAUAAGGUUAUAGGAUCCUCUCCCUCGAAUGCAGAUUUUCUGGUUGGAAGAGCAAAUAUGACAACGAGUGGUUUGUACAGAUGCACCCGACAAGUGAAGGACGGUGUCAUAUAUUAUAAUUAUGCUAGUGAAGAACAAAUUGCUGUAAAAGAGCUGUUCUCCAAACCAGUGAUGAAAGUGAAUCCCAAUCAUCUGACAGAAGGAGAUCACAUGACCAUAACAUGUGACACAAAGCUCAGCCCACACAGAGAGACUACAGAGCUACAGUUUGUUUUCUACAGAAAUGGGCACAAUGUGCAGGGAUUCAGCUUGGACAACACAUUCCAGGUUUCUUCAGUGCUCCUUGAGAAUGGUGGGAAUUAUACCUGUGAGGUCACAACAAUAAAUGACACUGUGAGGAAGAGGAGCGAUGAGAUCAGUGUCCAGGUGGAAGAGCUGUUCUCCAAACCAGUGAUAAAAGUGAAUCGCAAUCACAUGACAGAAGGAGAUCACAUGACCAUAACAUGUGACACAAAGCUCAGCCCACACAGAGAGACUACAGAGCUGCAGUUUGCUUUCUACAGAGAUGGGCACAAUGUGCAGGGAUUCAGCUUGGAAAACACAUUCCAGGUUCCUUCAGUGCUCCUUGAGAAUGGUGGGAAUUAUACCUGUGAGGUCAGAACAAUAAAUGACACCGUGAGGAAGAGGAGCAAUGAGAUCAAUGUCCAGAUGGCAGUUGCCGAGUUCCAGUCUACAGUGACAUCACUUCAGGAUUACAAGGAAGAAGAAAGGGAGGUGGGUCAGUUGCCAGUGGUACAUCUUGCAGAGAGAAGCUUUGAACCAAUAGGAGUAGAAAUCACUAUGGCUUUGCUGAUGUCCUUUCUCACUGUGGGGCUCCUUGUCUUUGUGUUCAAAAGUAAAGUUGCCUUAUCCUUCUUCAACCAACAUUCUUACCCAACAAGCUCAGCAUCAGUGGAAUCCAGUGGAAACAAAAAGGAUAUGAGUUACAAGUACAUAGAUGUCUAACCAGCUCCAAAAGGAUGAGAACAGGGUGUUGUUUAUGCCCCAGUGAAGAGAGAGAAAUACCUGCACAAUAUCCACAUCAAGAGACCUUUGACCUUUUGCCUUCCUUUUCUCUGUCCUCCCAGGAGACUCAGGGUUUAUUCUUUUUCAUUUUCUUCUGUGUU